AUGGCUACAACUUCAAUCACUACCAUUUUCCUCUUUGUUUUAAUGGUGGUAUUCAUUACCGAGAUGGCAUUUGGCCGCCCGGAACCAAUCCCAGCUGAAUUAGCCGCCGGGUCGUUAUCAACCCCGCUAGAGAACGGGGAAGUACACGGCGAGAGAGAAGAAAAUUUACCCAAGGGUGCCGGGUUGAAGGGAAAUGGAAAAAACGAUGCAGGCAACGGCCUUGUAACAGAGGAAAUGUCAGGGAUGCUGAAGAAAGACAUAAAAAAUGGUGAAUUAAGUGGGAACUUGGAAGGGUCAAGGAAUGUAGGCCCUGGGAUUGUAGAGGAGGAACGGUCACUCAGCGGAAAGGGGACCUUAAAGGAUACAAAGGGGAUACUAACAGGAAAUGAGAAGGUGAAUGCGGCCAAUGGUCUCGCAACGGGACAUGUGGAAGUGCAGCCGAAGGGGAAUUUACAGGAUGGAACCUUAGAGGUAACGGCGACAGGCUCGGUGGUGGUUGCAGGAAAACAAGGAUUGAACCCGCACAAUGAGAAAACAACACAGACGUACGGAAGCCGUUCAAACGGGAAGGCUCAUGAGGCAACGACAUAUGAACCUGCUCCCAAGAUUAAUAAUAAUGGUUAUUAA